GGCCGAGCGGCGAGCGCGCCGAGCCAAAUCGCCACUGGUCGCCACAGAUUCCGCGAAGUCGCCGCUCCAGCGCCACUAGGGGGCUCAAACGCCACUCGGGUCGCUACUGAAACUCGCCGCCACUCGAUCUGUCCGCCACUUAUGGCUACGCUGGUCGCUUCCCCGCCGUCCUGAUCCUGGACUAGUCCUGGAGGAUCCCGACAGAGGGUAUAAGCAGCCCAGGCGGCGCGUUUAGCGACGCUCAGCAAGCAGCAGAAUGCCUCCUAAGAAGAGGACGCAGUCAAACCGUGGAAGUGACGCCAGUAAGAGGAUCAAGCAGGAAAGCAGUCCGCCUGAGCGACGAGAAGGACCCACUACCGACAGAAUGUCGUUUGAGUCAGAGGUUGGGACAGUGAAAGUGGAGCCGUCUGGACCCGAGACUGACAAUCUAAGCAGCAGUACUCUCAACUCAAAGUUCUGGUGCCAAGACUGCAGCGAGGAUGCCGCGGAGGACUGCAAGGACUCGGGCCACUCCGUGUGCUCCCUCCGCCAGCUUCGCACAGAACAGGCCGCCCCUAAACUUCAGCAGCUGGACAAGGUGGCGAAGUCAGCGCGCGAGGUGGUGAAGGCCCUGCUGGACGCCAAGGGCGUGCUGGAGGCCCAGCUAGAGCAGUGGCGGGGCAGGCUGCGGCACGUCGAGGAGGCCAAGAAGGAGCUGUGGGAGGCGGCCAUGGAUUGCCGGGACCUGGAGGAACCUGCACUGGAGGAGGGCCUGGAACAGCUGCUGCAAGAUGCCACCACUCUCCUCCAGGCCAAGUGUCAGCUGCAGGUGCAGGUGGACUCGCCCUGCUCCACCUGGAAGGGGCAACUGCAGGUGGCGGCUCCAGGCUCCAGAGGCAGUUUGCUUUGCCCACUGGUGCUGCAGAUGCACCAGGACUGGAGCCUCACCAAGAUCUUCCGUCCCGAAGAGUGUAUGCAUGUGGUGAAACUCAGCAAGCAAAAGGAGCACACCCAAGAGCUGGACGAAGCCCUGCAGAACCCAGGCCUGGACAAGGUGAGGAAGCUGGACGGACUAGACUGCGGGAAGCGGCCGAACCGGAGUACAGUGCUGCUCAAGCGCGUUGCCCCGCGCGUCGAGUGGCUGUGGGUUAAGAACGCCGUUCGGGAACACCUCGAUGUGGUCAGGGACAUGCCAGCGCUGCGCUGCUUAUACGUCCAUUUGUUGGAUUACUGGAAGAAAGUCCCGGAGCUGCCGCUGCAACUGCAAGAACUGCGUGUGGUGAACGCCUCAGCGCCACAUUUCGAGUGUGUGCAGCGAAUGUCCAGCCUGCGCAAGCUUUACUUGGCCAGGAUUCCGCCGCUCGACGUGGCGUUCCCCCCUCUGCCCGCGGGUCACUGCGGCCUGCAGUGGCUCGACGUCCGCCUCCGGCCGGCCUCCACCGUCCUGUCCCUGGCCAAAGCUCACGCCGCCACACUGCAGGAGCUGCGGAUCCUGUGCGCGUCCGAGGGAGAUACUGCGUGGCACUUCAAGGACCUGGCCGAGGGGCUGCGCCAGUGCGGGCUGGUGGCGCUGAGGCGCGUUGUGCUGGUGCGUGGACGCGCUUCAGGCUACCCUGACAAGAAGCUCCCGCACAAGACACAGUCGUGUAAACGGCAGAAGAAGUCCAUCUGGGACAAACUGUUGGCGACGGAAUCGGGGGAGCCAGUCAGGGUAGUAAAGGUCAUGUGUGAGGAGUGUGACGAGUGCCCCGAAUUUCCGCGUCUGGGAGACUUUACCUGGAAAGACGAUUAAUACAGUGCUUCGUCUCAAUUGAGAGUCUUUCUGUUCUGUAUUUUAAAUUGAAUUCUGGCAUUCCGAUCCCUUUAUUAAACUCCAGAGCUAAUUGUUUCGUGUUUGGGA